AAAGUCUUUAUAUAUUCAUAAAAGUCUUUAAAUAUGCCAAAAAGUGGUUAAUAUUACUUUCACCUUUCCCCUCUUCGGAUUACAUUUAUAGUUUUCCAUUAGCUUACCGAUCUCCGGCUCAAAUCCCAUUUCACUGUCUCCUUCCUUCCUCCUUCACCUCUCGCCUUGCCCCUAUAAAAAUCGCCAGAACCUCCUAUCCCUACCCACCAAAAACCUGCAAAUCUCUAACUUUCCCUCGUUUUCUCGAGAAACAAACAGAAACCCGAAACCCCAGUUUCCCAAUUCAUUUAUUUCUAUGGCACAAAGCAAACAGCAAGAAAAUCCAACGGAGGGAAAGCCCCGAGGAACAACUAGCCACGAAGGCAGCCAGCAAAACUUCUAAAACUGCGGUUGUUGAGAGCUUCUAUCAUCUCAAUUCAGUCACAGGAUGGAAUCUGGUCGACCAUCAAGUACUAAUCAUGAGCUGAGUCAUCAAGUUCCGCUUGAUAUUGAUAGAUUAGCCCAAUCCGUGACGGAAGAGCUGGAAAUCUCAAAUCCUUUCCCCGACACAUGGUGUAUAUAUAAAGUUCCUGAGCGAUUACGCGAGCUGAACGAAAAGGCCUACACACCUCGAUUAGUCUCCAUAGGCCCAAUUCACCAUGGUAAUGAGAAGCUAAAAGCCAUGGAAGACCACAAAAGAAUGUACCUGAAAGAAUUCAUUGCCAGGACCCAGGUAAGUGUGAAGGGUUUUAUUGAAUUGAUCAAGGACAAGGAAACAGAAUUGCGCAAUUGCUAUGCGGAGACCAAUGGAUUUAGUAGCGAAUACUUCAUAAAAAUGAUAUUAAUGGAUGCUGCCUUCGUCAUUAUGUUUUUGCUGAAGUGGACUUACAAAGACUUCAGAGGAAGCAGAGACAGCAUUUUCUAUCCUCCAUACAAGAGUGUAGAUGUAAGGGUUGAUAUCUGUUUGCUUGAAAAUCAGCUCCCGUUCUUCAUCCUCGAGGAGUUGUGUGGACUAUCCCCUAUAUUCUGCAAUCCUCCAAAAGCUACACUGAUUCGGCUUGCUCAUUUGUUCUUUUCAAAUGAAUGGGGUUCAUGGGCAGUAGGGGAAUAUUUGGGGAGAGUAGAUUUCUCCGAAGUGAAACAUUUGGUUGACUUUCUUACAAUUUAUCAUCGGCCAACUGAACAGCAACAGUAUGGGAAACUCGAGGUUCUAGCCGCACCCAGUUUAAAGGAGCUCCACCAAGCGGGGGUCAAGUUUGUGUUGAGUUCAAGCAAACAUCUUCUUGACAUAAAAUUCGAUAGAAAUAAAGGGAGACUAGAAUUCCCACGAUUGCAGUUAGAUGACAGAACUGAAAUCAUAAUCAGGAAUAUGCAAGCCUUUGAGCAGUGCCAUGGCUUGAAACAUGGUUAUGUUGGUGACUAUAUCUUCUUGAUGGGUCUCUUUGUCAGUGCCAGUAAGGAUGUGGAAAUGCUUGUUGAAAAUCGUAUUAUAGAAAACUGGCUACCGUCUAAUGAGGAAGUGGUACAGCUCUUUUACAAUCUCAACAAACAAAAUAGUGUGUGGUCAGGUACUUUUCUCUUCAAAGGUCUCAUUAAAGAUCUGAAUGCAUUCUGCGAAAGGCCAUGUAACAAAUGGAAGGCAAGUUUAAAGCAAAAUUAUUUCAAUACCCCAUGGGCAGCAGUCUCUGUCUCAGGAGCUGUUAUUCUUCUCAUUCUGACUGUCAUACAAUCCGUCUGCUCUAUACUUCAAGUAGUUUAGCUUCUGCAAUUUCAUUUCUUUCAUGUUGCUCUGUACUCUAUACCCAUAAUCCUUGCUUUCAAUAGAAAUUCCAAGUUAUCUCCUCCAGAGGUCAGCAGUCUCGUAA